AUGGAGCUCCCUUCAUCUUCCUUACGGGACUCGCCGAUGCAGGCGGCGGCUGUGCCUCAUCAGCCCAAUACCACCUCCCGCCUCCUUCCAGUGCAGCACUCCUGCACAUCGGAAGGCUCUCUACUUCGGAAGGCCAGUAUAGCAACGCUCGCAGGUGCAACCACUCUUGGGGUAAACACUGCCGCUCCGAUGGCAACCACCAUCACCAGCAGCGUCGUAGGCACCAUUGUGCCGCCUCUCCAGGAAGACAGUCUUGCUCUCUCCUCCAUUCUGUCCGGUGAGCCGUCGCCUCCCUCAGAGUGGUCGAACAAGACGCAGAAGUACGCGCCGCCGCUCUCCUCCUCAGCGGAUCCGUCGUGUCGCCGUUUCUCUGUGGACAGCGGACCACAGGAGGAUGGGGCCUUUCCACUGGCGUACAAAAGGGCACGCUCGGUCGUAACGACCCACUCCCCCACUUCGGGCUUGAUCACGUCACAGCCUACGGACUGUGGCUCCCCCUACAUCCCUUCGCACGCGAGCAGCACGACGCCGCCUGAGUACCUCACUUCCUCAUCCCCACUGCGAGGAAUGUCUCGCCACGCUGAGGUGUUCGUCAGCUUAGAAGACGCGUUUUUCGCGGCUGUGGAGCCGGAGGCAACGCAAUCGAGAACUGCCGCAGCGCUCUGCACGUUGCAGAGGUUUACCGGCACGAAUGGCCAAUGCUCACCUCAGGCAAUGCCUCCCCCCACUAGCAUUGUUGUCCCUGCGGUUGCUACGCCUGUUGUCAUCAAGGAUCAAACAAGCUGCAAUAACGCAUCGGUCUGUCUGAGAGAUUCGGUACAGCACCUCACAGAGAGAGGCGACCCCUCCGCUCACCACCCACACUUGUCACCGCUCUCCAGUUCCAGCUCAGCGAGCAGAAUACUUGGCCUGGACAACAACGAUGACGGUGCCAGCGACGACGAUCGGCUUGGCACUCCGACCCCCCGCCGCUUCGUGCAACGCUUACUCUUUGCCGAGCCCUCACCGGUUGCGCACACCACCGGUACCCCACCGUUUAGGACAGCAGAUGUCGCCGCGUUGAAUAACUUUGAUCUCGAGUACUCGCUGUUUCAGCCCGCAGCACAUUCCCCGCGACGGUUUAGCUCACGUGCUAACACCUCUCUUUUGUCCUUGUCGCAGACAGAUCUCAUGACAGGCGUCUUCGCUGAGACAGAUACUCAGUACCAGCUGAACUGGCAGCAACAACAACCGCAGCUACUGUCACUCUAUACGCCGACCAACACUAUUUCGACGCCACCACGAACAGCCGUAGCGGACCAUAGCUCUCUCGGCACCGUUCUCCAUCCACAGCUGCGGAAGGCAAAAGUGGCCAUCGACGAAGCGCAAACAGCAGCAGCGACAGAGUCCCGCAAUGGCACCACGCCGUUUCGCUCUUUCGUGGGCUGCACCUCCGCCUCCACAAAGGGGCCAACGGCCGAAAUGGAGACGCAGGUGUUUCCGAGGACGCCUUUGAUCGCCACGCCUGUGCAACUGUCAGCCCCACGGACGUCGUUGUGCGCAGAGACAUGGACCGCCCAUGCGGUCAAGGCCCCGCGACAAGGCCUGAGUGAUUCUGAAGGGAUUCCGUGGUGCGGCCCCAAUUACCCAGGUCGGUGCACAGCCUUAUCACCGCAGAAGGUCGACACAGCAGUUGACAAGGCACUGCAGCCCCUUUACAGUAACUCAGGCAGUGUCACAGACCACCCCUGCCACGACCUUUACAGCAGCUCACACACACCUCGUGACCAACCAGCGGUGAGUCACGCUAGUUGCAGCCCCUCUGAGUCCUCCUCUUUCGCCAGGUCCUACGCUGCCCUCUUUUCUAGUGGACGGUCUAUCCCUCUCAGCGAGCGAGACGAGGCGACCACGAUGCUUUCCAUGUCCGCCGUGCCACCCGAUGAGCUGGACUACUGCAGCACACCCACGUCGCCGCAUACUCCGUUGGCAAACCACACACCUGGUCCAGUGGGGGUCCAUGACAGCAUCAUGGCACAGCGCAGCUCAGGUCACUCGUACUCGCGCUACUGCUCACAGCUGCUCUCCCGGUCUAUCACCCCACAGAAGUCAGCCCGCCGCACCUUCUCUCGUCAGACGACCCCGUCACAGUCUUUCCGCUCCAAGGUACAGAGCCACAGCUUCGAGUCACAGCAACAGCAUUCGUACAUGAUCCAACACGCCAGUGAUGUGAUUAAAGGCGACAGACAGCUGGGCACAUACCAGUUUCUCAUCAAUGGUGAGCCUCCUAGCGUGACAGAGCGCGACUACCUUGCGCCCAGCCGUAACCCCUUUAGCCUCUACCGAACACUCGAUCUAUACGUCACCAACCCCUCGCUGCUCACGUCGAGCGCAGCACCCGACAGCGGCGCCGCUGACUUUCUAUCGGAGAACGAUCUGUCCGAAAGCCAGGCAAUGUUUGCAGCUGCUCUGGAGAGAACUGUUGUUCGCCCCGACGCAGCUGUCGUCUUGUAUGGGCAGCUGGUGCCUUCUCCCUCAACCCCCCCAGGUGUCUCGCAUCGCGCGCUGGCCGAGAAAUUUGCUGCCUAUCGUCCGCUUGCCGCUCUUCUUCCUCAAGACUUGAACAUGGAGCACUGCCUCUCUCCAACAAGUCCCUCUCUGUGCGCGAGAGUCCACGGCAGCAAUAACGGGCGAACGAGGAGCGCGCCGCUUGAACAGAGCACACCCACCACACCGGCGGCGGCGCAGGGUCUCGCUGUGGAAUCGCCCACAAGAGUAGCCGGUAUUCAUCCGCAGCUAAACGCGGCUCUGAUUUCGUCAUUGUUGCCCACUGAGACGCACGUUGGUGCCCCAGGAAGCCUCCAGCUGUCAGCCAUGAAGCCGCUCACUGCACAGAGUCCCUGCUGCCACUGGACCCAGCCAAAGACGCUGUCGGUGAUCACUUCAACAGAGGCCUCCUGCUGCAUACCGCCAUGCGGCCCUCCGGUAACCGAUGCCCUUUCGGACUCUUCCGAUGAACUACAUGAUGCCCCAGCGAUCACAUCGUCGCGGCGGCAGCCACAGCGGGGCGAGUGUGGGAUGAGGGACAACGACUCUCCACUCCCACAAUGUCCUACGCAAAGCCCAAACACAAUGGCGCUGUGCGUCGAGUUCAGCACGCUUUGCGCUAGCCAGCAGCUGCAUUUUGAAGACAACGGGGGCGACAAGGAUACGGCACGGAGUGGCUGCGAUGAGGCACACGCCCCCUUUAGCCACCAGUCUGUCGCACAGGCGGGGUCUCUGAAACUGGUGCAUACUCGAAGUCCGCUCGAUGUAGCCGCGGAGGGCAGCGACGGUGCUGGGAGCAGUCACGGCUCGCCUAACUACCUCUGUAACACUGUAUCGAACCUCAGCUUCACCUGGAGUGGGCAGCAGAGUCCUUUAAAGAUGACCGCAGCGCUCCGCCCACCGAGUGCACCCCCUGCGUCGCCAACGCGGGUGGGUGGGGCGGCACUCGUGACACACGGCAGCGUGGAGAGGGGGCCUGCUUUGCUUCUUCCAUCUCUCAACUUCGCCCGUUUGGCAAACCACACACGACGGCCGCAGUUUCUCACCCCGACGCUGCAGCAGCGCCCGUCGCCCGGCCGAGGGGCAGCGGGGAUGUGCAUCUCCACUGAGUCUUCGUGGAUACAUGGAGCCCAGACCCCAGUGGCGGCUAGUACGAGUCUAGGUGCCCCCUCCUCCGACCAUGCAGACGUUUCCACUGCCGCGCAGAUUGGCUGCCACCUGAUGGAGUCCUUCUCCGACCCAUUCGAGAGAAUCGACACGAGUGAGGAAGAGCUGCCAGGCGAUCGCUUCCAGGCCCACCACGUCUUUCAGUUCCUGCACAGCAUCACUCCGACUUGUGAAGGGGGUGACAUCCGACCAGGGAGGCGAGAAAGAGACUGCCGGGCAAUUCCCUUGUGCGUGGAGAUGAACGGCGUCACGUGGCUCGCUGUGCAUCGGCUCGAUGGUUUACCGUACGCAGUGAAGGAAGUACCUGCCGCAGCCUUCAAUCUUGCCGAACUGCAGUGCCUCACCCUUUCCAUGACCCCUCCGUCGGGCAGGUCAUCAACGAGCAGUGCGGCCGGUCGCGAGCGGCUACCAGAUCAGCACACGGCAGCUCUCACCGCAGAUGACAGGCUGGAGGCGGAAGACUGCAUUGCCCGCUACUACAGUGUCAGCACGCCGCCGCAGAGCAGCAUCAAUCCAGAGGUGCGUCUGUUGCAACUCGAGUACUUUCCCCGUGGGUCGCUGUCGGAGCUUGCCCGACAUUUCAGGGGGGAGCAUGGGGCCGUCUCCUCGCAUGCGCUCUCUCCACUCGUAGCUGAUGGAGAGGCGCUGAGCAGCCGGUUCUGGCUUGCAGCCGUGACGCAGGGCUUGCGAGGGUUGCGGGUGCUUCAUCACGCUGGCCUCAUCCAUGGGUCCCCGCUGCCGCUGUCGCUCUUCCUGUGCGGCAGCGCCCCUUCAUCUUUGCGCUUCAAGUGGAGCUGCUUUGGUAGUGCGCGAGCGGAUGCCGACAUCUAUCCGACAGAAUCGCUACCGGCAUGGGUGAGUGAGGCGGUGGCGCGGUUGUGCCAGAUGGCCGCCGCUGACGGCACCACAGUCUCGCCAGACGCGAUUGAGGUGGCGGUUUUCAGCUUGGGUAUACUCGAGGUGUUGGUAGAUUAUGUCGCCCGGCAGCUUGUGGAUGUACUGCCGCCGCGUGAUUCACAGAGCCUCCGUGAGCUGGAGUGGAUCGAGGCGGUUGUCACACAUCAGAAGCUCGAGCUCUACGCAAGAGAGGAAGAGAGUGGUGAGGACACGUUUGCGUUGGUGCGUCUGAUGCGCUUCUUGUGGGACGUCUCGAACACCUGCAGCACCGCGAAUCAGGCGUUGGCACAGCUUAGCGCCCGUGUCAACCCCGCCGCCAGGGUUGUGGAGCAGGUGUAUGAGUGCGAGCUGGCUCGCUUGACUCGCCAGCUAGAGAAGCGGCGGCAUCACCUUCAUCGUCGCCAGCAGCAGGAGCAGCUGCAAUCGCUUCACAGUGCGAGCAUGGAGUCCUCCUCGCUGACGGACGCAACCCUUCUACGCUCUCCUGAAGUGAAGAUGGCAGUUACUGGCACCUCUUCGAGGCGUCGCAUAGGGUUUAGCGACCUAUCAUCGCCUCCGCUGCACCUGGCACCCGAUCCUGCUCUCAGGCCCGUCAGCGCCUCAUCUUUUGGAGUCGCUGCGCCAUCCUUGAAGAGUCGCAGCGCAACCCCGAAGAUUUUCUGUUCGCCGCGACUUCCGCCGCAUCACACACUGCUGAAGCAUCCUUUCACCGUGUCAAGCAAGCUGUUCCUUCCCUCUAGCACUACCGCCGUACCGGCUACUGCUGCUGUCUCGUUUCCUCUAGAGUCUCUGAGAGUUGAGCGGACGGUAUCAGAGUUGUCGGGGUGGGGAUGCACCAGCAGUACUGUGGGACACCGAAGAAGGUGCGAGAUUCACCCUGUCAUACUCAAGGCGGCAAACCACAUGCUCGAGAAUUCGGUGAACGGCAGCGGAGAUGGUACAAGAGACCCGAUGACGGAGCUCUUGAGGCCCGCGGUGGAAUCGAUGUGCCAGCGAGGAUGGACGACCCUGUACGCGGGUGUACCCCUCAGCGUCGCAGGAGGCAUUGACGCUGAUGCAAGCGCAGGCGCGAGGGAGGCUACUGAAUCACUCAUGAAGUCUCUACGACCGCUGACUUCAUUCGAGUAG